AUGAAUCCCGAAAAGAAGAAAUCUACCAGGCCCUCCGGACCACCACCUCCAUCCCCUGGACCAUCGUCUACAUCGGAUAGGCCCACGGGACCAACGCCUCCGUCGCUUAGGCCCACUGGACCACCGCCAUCAUCCACUGGACCAUUGCCUCCGUUGGCUCGUCCCACGGGACCACCGCCAUCGCCCACUGGGCCACCGUGUCCAUCGACUAGGCCCGCCGAAGCACCGCCAUCACCCACUGGACCACCAUCGCCAUCUCCAUCGACUAGGCCCACCGAAGCACCGCCAGCCCCUCCAACGACAGCUCACUAUCCAAGUUCAGUCCCACCGCUAGCCCCUUUGACAUCAGCACCACCACAAUCAACUCCAGCUCCACUCUCGAUGUCUGCCCCUCCUCCUCCUGGACCUCCACCUCCCGCACUCUCCCAGCCACCGAGAAUGAGGGAUCCUCUGAAAGACUUGAAAAUGAAGAAAAACGAAACACCGCGUGCCCGAUUUUCAAGUCCGAAUCUGAGUACUACAAAAUACGAUUUUCGAAAUGAGCUCGAGGCACGAUUGAAGGAGAAAGGGAUUUUUUGCCCAAACGAUGUGUCAGAAGAAAAAGAGGAAAAAGAAAAAGAAGGAUCAUCAGAAAAAGAAGUGGUCAAAGACGUUUCACAGAAGACGUCUACGGUCGUAGUGGUGCCGGGUACCAUUCCCACUGCACCACCUCCACCACCUCCCUCGGAUUUGCAAAACAUCAGAAGGAUUCCGAAAAGGUGGUCAACGCCGGUCCCCUCCUCGUCGUCGGCAGUUACAAAGCCACCAGCUCCAUCAGCCAAUCUUAUGGCAGAACUGACAGCAAUGAUUGAGAAAAGAGCAUUGAAAGAAUUGCGGGAAGAAGGACAAUCGCCUUGCUCAUCAUCGGCCGUUACGGAUCCAGCGGUGACAAUCAAACUCCCACCAGUGCCACCACAAUCACGGAAACCCAAACUCAAGUUUUCUUUCCUUUCUUCCUUGAAUGAGGAGAAAAUAGAAAGUUCUUCGAGUUCUGGAAUAACGGAGCAGCCUUCUACCUCUGGAACCCUAGCCGAAGCUGUAACAACGACACGUGUCGAAGAGUACACCGUCGUUGUUGAAGAAGAGACAACAAGAAGGGUCCGGCCAAUUCCACCACCAAAGCCAGCAGCACUGAAGAAGCCACCACCAAAAAAAGAAGAUGAGAAUUCGAAUGGAAAUGAGAGCUGA